AUGGCUACACGCGAUAGUUUUGUUUUAUUUGCCUCGUUUGUAUUUUGCUUUAAUGCUGUUGUUGUGUCGUCUUUGACUCAUGAUCAGAAGGUUGAUAUGAUAACAGAAGCGUACACUUCGCUCAAAUUUGUCGUGCAGUCUUUGAUAGAUGUACAAACAGAGAUCCAAGGAGCCGCCAUCACGGCUGAGGAUGAUAUCUUGACAUUGGAUGACUCGAAAGCUCGAUCUGAAUAUGAAGUGAAUGUAAUGAAGGUUGAUCAUCAGAUGAUGUUGGCUGAGCUUGCAAAACGUCAAGAGGUCGUCACCCCAGAAGAACAACAGGUAAAGAAUUACACCAGGGCUGGCACUAAAGGUGUGUGUGGGGGUACUCGGCAAAAUUUGCCUUGAUAACAAGGCAAAAUUCACUUGCACCUCCACCCCCCCCAUUCAAAGAGGUCUAGCAUCGCCCAUGAAUUACACUUGUUUUUAUAAAUAGAUUUUUUACUUUCUUUAACUCAAUAUGUAUAUGUAUAUGUAUAUGCAUAUAGGGUCAAUAUCAAAAGGUUUCCACAACAGCUUGUUUCAUCCAAGAGCCGAAUGAUCAACAUUGAUUUAAAUCCUAAUUCUGUAUCCUCACACAUCCCUACCUGACCUAACUUUAACCCUAUAACCCUAAUCCAGGGGCGUACAUAUAGGUUUUGUCGCAGGAAAUUUCUGAGGUUCAAACUGUUCCGGGGGGAGCAUACCCUAAUUGCAUGCAAGGUGGAGUAGACACGCCGGAAACGACCCUGAUCGGGAGUGAGUCUGUGUGGAUUCACAAAUCAGUAAUGGGUGUAGGCAGUUAGGAUGAAUUGUGUCGUGUUUUAGAGUGCUGAUGAUAGAGGCAAGGCGAUUGACGAAGCACAAGCAAAAGUUGAGGAACUUAAGCAAGGAAUUGCAGACGCCAAGACUAAAGUGAACGACCUGAAUCAGGAGAUGACAAGGACGACACUGAGCGCAGCCGAUCUCAAGGCGCUACAGGAUAAAGCGAACAAGGAAUCCGACAAUCCUGACGACCACAUCACAUUACCAGACCCUGCAGAUAUUAAAAGGAGAGCAGGGGAACAGCUGACAAACAUGCAGACUGUCAUUGAUACGGUUGUUGAUGACGUGGCGAAGAAUGAAGCACAAGAAUUGAAAAAUACGAUUGCAACGAAGCUUAAUAGUGCGUUAGACGGCCAGUCCAAUUUCGCUGUGUUGACUGUCCAAUGCAAGGAAAUUGAUGUGGCUCUCUUGCAGUUCAGAAAUCUGAAUAUCUAUGGCUCUGCUGCGAGAAUGGAACUGUAA